AUGACACUCCCAGCGCCACCUCUCAACAGCUCGCGAGCGUCCCAGCGCACGCUCCAUCGGCUUCCCGUGCCAGCGCUUUCCAUGUCGCUCCGCAGUCGUCGAGCAGCCCAUCCGGCAGUCACGUUAUCGCUGCCUCAACUCGAACGGUACCACGACCGCGCUGAGCAGACGCUCAUCGAGACACUUGCAGCCUACCGCAACGUGAACACUGCGGUGGAUACAGUCGACCGGUCUGAAUGGAAACUGCUGCAAAUGCGACACGGCGUCCGACUCUUUCGCGGUCGUCGUCGUCGUAAAACGUCAUCGGGUCCGACCACGCCAGUGCUCUGUCUCGGAGCUCUUCGCGGUCGUUUCGACGAUCUCCUCGAGGGGCUCUACUGCCCCACCACAGAGGAGAUGCUGCUCACAAACGCCAUCAACUGCCCACGUCUUGCCGAGAGCGCCGUGCUCUACUCGGUCCAGAGCUCCUCGCGCUGCGAGCCAUACGCCUUUACGGGCGUCAAGUGGACAACAGUCCAAGUCGCAAUGGCACGCAACCGCGACUUGUGCUACUUUGACAAGAUGGGACUUGUUCGGUCCACCGUCGGCAACCGACUGGCCUACCACGUCAUGCAGUCAGUAGACCCGCCUGCGUCUCGACACAACAGCUCGCACAAGCGCGUGCAGACGUCGCUCUGCUACCUGUUCGAAGAGCUGCAAGACGACCUCGUGGCUGUCUACAUGCAAGGCGAGAUGGACCAUGCAGCGCUGUCGUGCUUUUCGACGCCUGCAGUCUCGAGUCUAUUGCUCGCAGUCACGAACGCCGUCGAGUGCACGCGGGCCAAGAAACUCGCCGAGCUCCUCACUGCUGCUGCUGCUGCUCCUGCCCCUCGUCGCUAUCGACGCCGAACUCCUCGUCGUCGAUGCUGUGACGUGUGUCGAGACAGUCCGUCGGUCUUUGACAUGGGUCGACUGCAGGACUGUGCCGGGUGCAACUUCCACUUCGUCUGCAGGAAAUGCCGACUCGAAGAGAACGUUCUCGCACGCGAUGCCGCGUCGAGAUCGCACUUGGUGCGUGCAGUUUUCUGUCGCGUGUGUAUCGCCAAAGUGGACUCGAGUUCGAUCGAGGAGCUCCGAGCGGACGCUCGUAGCUGUGCUGGCAAUAGACAGAGCGCAGCAGACCGAACCGAUGCGUUCUGUCGGCUCGAGACCGAGCCGGCCGGAGUGGAGAUCCCCGGCAGCGACCGGUCGCUCACAGCCUUUACGCUCAAGAUCUCGGCCCAAGUCCACGAAGAAGACCGUAGCAGCCACAGUGACCUUUGCAUGUCCAACUUGUCGUCAAUGGAAAAGGUAUCGAGGGGGUCGAAAGACGACGUCGAGGGCGCAUUGCUUAGCGAAGCGCGGGACGUGCUCCACUCGAUCAAACGACAGACCCCCAGCGUCGAGCGAAUGCCGAUAGGAAAGGACACAGCUGAUACGUUGCGUGGUAGCUCACGCUCGACGGCGUCCACGGCGUCGUCGUCUCAGUAUUACCACAACGACGUGGACGACGACCUGGAGCUCGACCGGACGUCGCUCUUUGCGCGGUUGGUGUACGUCGCGAGCCAAGCAGAGGCAACGUCCGUGUUCACGAGGGAACAGUCGCUCAUUGCCGCCUCUGUCUUGCAACGCAACCGAUGGCACCGGUACCUGCACGAGCGCCAACCAGGAGCUUUGCCGAAACUGUAG